AUGUGUCAUGCAAUAUCUAUUUCAAUUGUUGUUGGUGUCGUUGGCCCAUGGUUAUCAAGAGAAGCUGAGGUAAUUGCUCCUUUUGAUGAAAAACUUGGUAUACCUAUUAUAUCAUAUUCUGCAACUAGUCCUGAUUUAUCUGAUGAAAAUGCUUAUCCUAAUUUUUAUCGUACAGUUGCUUCAGACUUUGUAGCUGCAGUAGCCCUUGCAAAACUAUUCAUUCGAUAUAAUUGGACAUCAUGUACAAUAAUUUAUCAAAAUGGUGCAUUUGGAACUGGUGGAGCCAAUGCUAUAAUUAAAGCAUUUAAUAAUAGUGGCUUAACAGUCAGCCAAAUGAUUGCAUUUGAUAUUACUAUACUUAGUAUUGAUGGUGAUUUGAAAAGUCUUUUAAUUAAUGCUGCAACACGUAUGGUUAUCGUAUGGGCUGAAUCACUUUAUACAUCUUUGAUUUUACAAGAGGCUCUUGACUCUAAUGUAGUUGGUCCACAAUUUACAUGGAUGAUAAGCAACACUAUUUCAUUAAAUUCUUUCAAUCAAACAUUUUAUGAAAACUUAAUUGGAACGUUUUUGAUUGAACCAUCUGUAGGAUCAGUUGUCAAUGCACUAAUUAAUACAACAUUAUUAGAUAUAGCAUAUAGUAUUUGGCAACAAUAUGAACUUGAAUCAUUUCCUGGAUCCAUGGAUGUAGAGAAUUAUGCAUUAUUUGCAUUUGAUGCAACAUGGACAUUAAUUCAAUCAUUACAACAAUUGUGUGCAUCAAAAAUAAAUAUUUCUUCUUCACGUUUGUCAUUUAUUGGAUCUUCAUACUGUUUUGAUCGUCAUUUCAUUAAUUCAAAUGAUAAUGUAACAGAUCGAAUAACUGGUUUAUAUUAUUCUGCAAAAAAUGCUCAAUCUUCAUCGAAUGGUAAAACAUUAACACCAUCUAGUGAUAGAGCACUUCUCGAAGGUAUAAAUUUACGAAUUGGUAUUAUUGAAUCAAUUCCAUUUACAAUGGUUGAAAAAGAUAUAGAUCCAUCUGGACAAACUACAAUAAAGUAUAGUGGCUAUAUAAUUGAUCUUAUUGAACUUUUACAAAAUAAAAUGAAAUUUAUUCCAAUUAUUGAAUUAGCACCAUCAAAUAUAACAUAUAAUGAAUUCGUUCGAAGAGUAAGUACUGGCGUUUAUGAUAUAGCGAUAGGUGAUGUAACUAUUACCUCUGCACGAAGCGAAUAUAUUGAAUUUUCCACUGCUAUAUUUGAUAAUUCUUUACGUAUUAUAAUGCGAACAACAUCCAAUGUUAAACCUGAUCUGUUCUCAUUCUUAAAAUCAUUUUCACGUAAUCUCUGGUUAUUAUUCUUUGGUACUAUAACCUAUGCUGGUAUUUUGAUAUGUAUAGUGGAGAGAAAAGAUAAUGAAGUAUUAGAAAAUCGAUCAAUAUUGAAUCAAAUUGUAAUGAGUAUAUGGUAUUCUUUUGGUAAUGUUGUUGGAUUUGGUGUAGAUUUUGAAAUCACUACAGCUGCUGGACGUUUAUUAACUGCUAGUUUAUAUAUCUUAGGUUUGAUAUUAGUAGCAUCGUAUACUGCAAAUUUAGCAGCUGAUCUGACAAUUGCAAAAUCAAAUAAUAUUAUUUCUGGAAUUGAUGAUAUUAAAAAUGGGAAAAUACCAUCUAAUCGUAUCGGUAUUCUUGCAAAUUCAGCUGAAGAAGACUAUUAUUUGACACAAAUAUCUAAUGGUGUUCGAAAUUUUUACCCAUUAAAAACGUAUGAUGAGAUAUAUCGUAGUCUAUUAGAAGGUAUCAUUGAUACAUCUAUUCCGGAUAAUGGCAUUCUUGAAUAUGCCACGAAUAAUAUAUAUUGUAAUUUAACUUUAAUUGGAAAUGAUUUUGAUAAAAGUUCAUAUGGUAUUGUUAUGCCUCAGCAUUGGUCAUAUGCACAAGAUUUAGAUAUGUAUAUUCUACAAUUAAAAGAAGGAGGUGAUCUGGAGAAUUUAAGACAAAAAUGGUUUGAAAUGCAGCUGUGUCUUGACUCAUCUGGAACAUCGACUGAUAUCGGAAUUGAAGCAGCAAGUGGAUUAUUUUUGGUUUUUGGAGUUAUUAGUAUUUUAUCAUUAUUAUUAUUUGCAUGGAAGAAACGACAAAAUAUAAAAAAUUGUUUAUGUCAAUUGAUAUAUCGAAAGCAAUCUUCAGCCGAAACAAAAGACUCUAUGAACAGGCGCUCAAGCAAAGCUUUUGAACAUUCACAAAAUCAUCAAAUAACGUUGCCGGACAUUGUAUAA